AAUCAUUUUUUCUCUGUCUGAAUGCAAGGAUGUGACGGGCAAUACGCGCACCGUAAUGUUCUACAACGAUGGGUCGGUGAAGGGACAUCGCUACUUUCGCUGCAAGCCUUCUCACGGACUGUUUGUCAAACCAGAGAAAGCCACUCAUCGAGGAAUCAACUGCUCCAAGAUCCUCCC